AUGACUGCACAACAGCGCCAGUUGUAUCUCAAAGUCAGGGACCAGGGUCGCUUCUGCAGUGCGAUGGACGAUCAGAUUGGCGCUGCUGAAGCGCAAGUGAUUGCUGAAGCGCUCAAGGUGAGCAAGACGAUGGCUGAUCUCGCGGUUGGCGAUGCUGGAGCGCAGGCGAUUGCUGAGGCACUCAAAGUGGGCACGACGCUGAUCCGGCUCAGUCUGCACCGGAAUCUGAUUGGCGAAGUGGGUGCGAAGGCAAUUGCCGAGGCACUCAAGGUGAACAAGACGCUGGAAUAUCUCGAUCUGAGUAGCAAUCAGAUUGGCGAUGCUGGAGCGCAGGCGAUCGCCGAAGCACUCAAAGUGAACACGACGGUGACUUAUCUUGAUCUGCACAACAAUCAGAUAGGCGAUGCCGGAGCGAAGGCAAUUGCUGAGCCACUCAAGGGGAACAAGACGCUGACCGAGCUCAAUUUUGAGCGGAACUGGAUUGGCAAUGCUGGAGCGAAGGCGUUGGCUCGGGCGCUCGAAGUGAACACAAAUGUGAUUACGCUCGUUUUGGACAUGAAUCGGAUUGGCGAUGCUGGAGCAAUUGCGUUUGCUCGAGCGAUCACCCAAAAUAUCACAUUGAGACACCUCGACCUACUUUUUAAUUGCAUGGGCAUUGCUGGUAUUCAAAUGAUCGACAGGGCAUUUCUUUCAGUCACCGGGUCGGCAUAUCCUACCCUCAGCAACCAGUUUCACCCUCUUGCAUUCUCCAUACAUCCACGAUUAGCAACCGCCGACGAUGUUCAGACAGUACUUUGCUUGCUGACCAGCAGACAAGAGCUGGAGGAUCAAUCAGCAGCGCUACCAGCACUACCAGCCGAGAUUGCUGAACUCAUUAUGAACGAGGCGCAGUACUGGCAAGGCGUGCAGGGCAUCAAACGAGAACAGGUGUUGCCGCAUUUGCAGGAUCUGCAUGUUACAGUGCCUCGGGGCAGCAACGGAAGUUCGAUCCGCGUGAAAGCAAUUCAAGUGGUUCGUAACUGGCCGGGCUGUUUCGAUGCCACAACUAAUCCCGUUGUCGAUUUGAUUGUCCGAGAUGAGCAAGGUGCUGUUCGGUACAAGCGUACUGUGAAACCAGCUGUCAUCGGUUACGACAUUCAGGUUGUGAUGGUCCUGCCAGCGACCAUCCUUCGACAAAUGCGCGAGGGGUGGGGAGUUCAAGUUCAACCCUCCAUAUCUCAAGCCGAGGUGGUGCUGGAAUCGCUCUACUAUCCCGAUCAUUAA